AUGACAGAUAAUAAUUUUUCCAAAUUGCAAAAUAUCCAAUUCCCUGAAAUGAUAAAAUAUUUGGAUUUAUCCAAUAAUGAAAUCACAAGUAUUGAGAACGUUUCUUUUCUAAAACAUUUGAUUACUUUAAAUUUAUCUUUUAAUAAACUAAAAGAAUUAAAUCAUCCUAUUGAGUGUGAGAAUCUAGUCGAACUAAAUUUAAGAAAAAAUUCCAUUUUGAAAACCAGUGACAUCUACAAAUUUAAUAUCUUAAAUAUUACAAUUGAACCGUUUCCAACAAGAUUAUUUCAUUUGAUGGAACUUGAUUUGGCCUUUAAUCAAAUAACCAAAAUUGAUCAUUUGAAUCAAACUAAUUUAACACCGUUAGAUUUAUCAUUUAAUAAAAUUGAAAAUUUGAACAAUUUAGUCAACCUUUCGAUGUUGGGCAUCAGUUCAAAUAAAAUAUCAAUUGUUGAAAACAUUGGGAAAUUAGUCAAUCUAACCGAGAUUAAUUUAAGAGGCAACAUAAUUACAGAUUUUAAAAUCAUGGGAAAUACAAUACGAGUAGAAAGGUUAACACAAAUAGAAUUAUCUUAUAACCAAAUAUCUGGAAUAAAAGAUUUCAAAUGUUUAAUCGAGUUGAAGGUUUUGGACCUAUCUCAUAAUCUUAUUAAAGAAUCCAAAAAAAACAAUGUAUAUUUAAAUUCGGAUUCAUCUGAUACAGAACAAAAUUUCAAUACUAUUGGCAACAUUUCUUUAUCAGCUUAUGAUGAAUAUUCUUAUAUUGAAUACGACAUUAAUGAGAAAAGAAUUAUGAGAUCCCCAAGCAAGCAGUAUUGGCAUUCAUUCUGGAACAGAUAAUUUAAUUGCAUCAUCAUUUGAUAAAAAUGUUGAAUCAGCUCUUAAACCACCAUUAAUCAUUUCUUCAAUUAUACUACCUUUGUUAUGGCUGCUAAAAAUAUUUCCAAGGAUUCUCUGCGAUCCAACGAUUUGAAC